AUAAAUGUUUUGUCGAAUCAAAUUUUGCAAAGGGGAAUAGUGCGACCCUGUGUCUGGCAUUUAUCAAUUCCAAACAGGCAAACACAAAAAGAGAAACGCAGAAGUGAGUGAUGCGUGGAAGGGAAGGAGAGAACAAACCUCCGAGAAUUACUCCGCCGAACGACCUCCGAUGCCGGCGGAGCGACGGCAAGUCAUGGCGGUGCUACCACUGGAGGAUUCACGGCCAGAGCUACUGCGAGGAACAUUACCUUUCAUACAGAGCUCGGUCCUUUCACGUUAACUACCAUGAACAAAGGAAACCUAAAGCUUCUUCUUCUUCUUCUUCCGCUUCCGUGCAAAGUGACAAUGAGAAGAAGAAGAAGAAGAAGAAGAAUAUUUCGAAGAGGCUUCGAGAACAAGACGAAGCGAGUGUUCAGGAGAAAAACAGAAGCAAGAAGAAGAUGAAACUUAAAGCGGAACAAGAAUCACCGAGGGAGGAACUGGACAGGAAAUCCAGAAGCAGAGAGAAGAUUAGGAGAUUGCUUCUUCAGUUGGAUGAAGAUUUCGAUACCGAAGAUGAUGAAAAACCAGCCACAACAACGAGGACCAAGUCUUCUUCCUCCAAAUCCAACGAUGCAAAGCUAAGUGUCUCUCUCUCUCAGUCUCAGAUGUGUCAUCAGUGUCAGAAGAGUGAUAGGACCGUUGUUCGAUGCCGGAAAUGCAGCGCCAAACGAUUCUGCGUUCCUUGCAUUCGGAGAUGGUAUCCGCUAAUGUCUGAGGAGGAAAUAGCAGAAUCUUGUCCAUAUUGUCAAGGCAAUUGUAACUGCAAGGCAUGUUUACGUAGAAAAGAUGCAAUUGCGGAUUCUCAAGAUUUAGGGAUGCCUCAAAAUAUAGAUGAAAAGAUUCGACAUUUGAAGCAUUUGGUGAGAGCAUUAUAUCCUUUCCUAGAACAAUUCAAUCAUGAACAGCAGUUAGAAUUGGAGAUGGAAGCAAAAACUAAAGGGUUAUUGCUUUCAGAUGUAGAAGUAAACCAAAUUGUUUGUUCCAAAUAUGAACGUAUUUAUUGCAACAAUUGCAAAACCUCUAUAGUUGAUUUUCAUAAGAGCUGCCCAAACUGUUCGUAUGAUCUUUGCCUUGCUUGUUGCCGGGAAAUUCGUGGUAAUAUCUGCCAAGAGGAAAUAGUUGAGCAAUGUAUUGAUGUUUCCAAUGCUCAUUCGGAUAGUGGAGAACCUUUACACCAGCACUCAUGCAAGAAAGAAUCAUCAGGCAUUUGUCAUGAAUCAAGCUCUAAGAAUUCUAUGAGACCAAAAAAUGUGUGGAGGGCAAUAAAAAAUGGUGCCAUCCCUUGUCCACCAACGGAUAAUGGUGGUUGUGGAUAUGAAUAUCUUGAGCUGAAGUGUUUAUUUCCACAAAAUUGGAUUUCAAAGUUAAGGGAAAAGGUGAAAAGUUUAGUUGAAGUACGUGGCUUGGAAAAUAUGCCCACAGUUUCUACACGGUGUAAUUUUUGCUUCAAAUCAAGUGAUGAAAUUGACUCUGGCAACAGGAAGUUGCGAAAAGCUGCCUCUCGAGAAGCAUCGAGUGACAACUAUUUGUAUUGUCCUUCAGCAAGUGAUGUCAGAUGUGGGGAUCUGGAACAUUUUCAGGGCCAUUGGAUUAAGGGAGAACCAGUUAUUGUUAGGGAUGCUCUUGAGUUAACCUCUGGCUUAAGCUGGGAGCCAAUGGUAAUGUGGCGUGCAAUGCGUGAAUUGACUAAUCAGGGUUCCAAACAUCUGAAUGUGAAAGCAGUUGACUGCCUAGAUUGGUGUGAGGUUGAAAUAAAUAUCCAUCAAUUUUUCAAGGGAUACUCAGAUGGUCGUGCACAUCGUAACUCCUGGCCUGAGAUGCUCAAGCUCAAAGAUUGGCCUCCGUCCAAUCUAUUUGAGAAGAGGUUACCACGUCAUUGUAUGGAGUUUAUUAGUGCCUUACCAUACAAAGAGUAUACACAUCCUCGCUCUGGUUUUCUUAACAUGGCCACAAAGCUGCCAGAAAAUUAUUUGAAACCUGACUUGGGGCCCAAGACAUACAUAGCAUAUGGUUUUGCUGAAGAGCUUGGACGUGGAGAUUCUGUGACCAAGCUUCAUUGUGACAUGUCAGAUGCGGUAAAUAUCUUGACACAUACAGAAGAUGUGAGCUUCACUUCUAAACAUCUUACCAAAAUAGAGAUGUUGAAACAACAAUAUGCUACUCAAGACCAAAGUGAACUUUUUGAGGUUUUACAGGAUGAUAAUUCUGCGGUAAAGUGCAAAUCAACACUAGAAGAAGAAAAUAUUUCAUUGCAGGCAGUAGAUGAAUCAGUUAUGAAUGGGUCUUCCCUUAUUCAAAUGUCAAAAAUGGAAAAUGAUGAGUUCUACAGAAAGCAUGCAACUGCUAAACCACUAAAUGAUAGGAUUCUUGAAAAAAACAGCGAGGCUGAGGCUUCUGAAGGAGAACCAACUUUUACACCUGGAGUAGAAGUUCUAGUACGCAAUAGUGCUCUAGGGCUGCAUGAGAAUAUUGGCAUAAAUUCCUCCAGUGCUGUAACUGCUAAUAAUGACGAGAUCAGCAAGUGUGAUGUUAACAAGAUGGGUAUUGAAGCUAAAAAGAGAUGGAGCAGCCCUAUGGACGUUAAGGUUGGAGAUGACGAGGAAGAGUUUCUCUCUUCAGUUAGUAGGACAAGAAAUGAUGAAUUGCAGGAUGACAUUAUUAACAAAAAAGGAGCAAAUUCAGGAAUUUUACGGGAAAAGGAAACUGGUGAAAUGAAAAAGUCUAAAGAAGGGAAUGUAGUUAUUGUGAGUGAAAAUGUAGUCAAGUCACUGCAUGAUUUAGAUAUGAAAUCAGAAUUAUAUGCCAUUGUGCCUACUUCAACAAAUGAGGUGCUGCAGCAGGAUGCAGAAUGCCUUAGUCAACCAGUGGAUUCUGGAAAUAAGCAUAGUGAACAAGACUUAGCUAAGGGAGGUGCUGUCUGGGAUAUUUUUCGGAGACAAGAUGUGCACAAGCUUGAGGAAUACCUUAGAAAGCAUUGUAAGGAAUUCAGGCAUCUCCAUUGCUCUAAAGUGGAGAAGGUUUUUCACCCAAUUCAUGAUCAAGUUUUUUAUCUGACUUCUCAUCAUAAAAGGAAACUCAAGGAAGAAUUUGGCGUUGAACCUUGGACUUUUGUACAAAACCUUGGUGAGGCUGUUUUUAUUCCGGCUGGGUGUCCCCAUCAAGUUAGAAACUUAAAGUCAUGCAUAAAGGUUGCUUUAGAUUUUGUCUCUCCUGAAAAUGUCCAAGAGUGUAUUCGUCUGACUGAGGAAUUUCGUUCUCUUCCCCCAAGCCAUAAAGCAAAUGAAGAUAAACUUGGGGUGAAGAAAAUGUGUCUCCAUGCAUUAAGCAUGGCUGCAGACAAUUUGGAGGAGCUCGUAGGAUGAGUAGGGUAGCAAUAAACAUGUAAUUAAGAAGCACGGGUACAUAACCAGGUUGAUACGUACAUCAUCUUGCAUUUUGAUACUUGGAACUUUCAACUUGUUAGUAGAUGGUCCUCACGCAAAGGAAUGAAUGAUAAGUUAAUGGUGUUUUUGCCCCUAACGCGUUUCUUUUCUUUUAGAAAUGAAGGCAUAACUCGAGAUUCUCCUUUGUGUUUAUCUUUUCUAUUGAAAUGAAUGUUUGCCAUUGUAAAUUAUUGUAAAUAAGGACUUGCUUGUUUUACAAUUAUACGAAUUAUUUUUUGCAUUUUUUUAAUAAAAUGUACACAAACAUUUUAAUAAAAAUGUGAUUCAAGAUUAAAUAAUGCACUUAUCUCAAUUACAUUCAACGGUUUAAAAUUAUUUUUAUCAAAAUUAUUUUUACUCGACUUUAAAUCAAACCGGUACUUAAAUACUUUUUGCUUUAAAAUAAGACAUUUGACAUGUAUGGUUAUUUUUUAAAAUAAAAAAAAUAAGAAAAACUACUAAAUAGAGAAAUAUUGUUGCAAGAAAGCAGGUACUAAAAAUUUUCUCCAACUUGUUCUAUUUAAGCAUUAUUACGGU